AUGAGAGGACAGCAAGAGUGUGACACUGGAAAGGAUGAAGUGCUGGAGAUAUUCUCCGGCUGCUGGAGUAAGAUAGGCAGCCGUUAUCUUCAGGUUCUGGGAGAUGUUGGACGGCUAGAAUGUUUUGUGAUAACUGGCCUCCUCUGUUUGUCCCUGGCAGGCCACCGUACCCUUUACAUUGGGGUGCAUGUACCUCUGGGUCGGAGGUCACACAGACGGCAUCGUCACCAUGGACACCGCCACAGGAAGAGGUCACGGGAGAGAGACUCUGGAACCGAGGAUGGCAGAGAAUCUCCUUCAUACACAGACACGCCGUCUCAGCGUGUACAGUUCCUGCUGGGAAUGGAGGAUGACGAGGAACACAUUCCUCACGCUCUCUUCACCGAGCUGGACGAAAUCUGCUUGAAGGAGGGAGAGGAUGCGGAAUGGAAAGAGACAGCCAGAUGGCUGAAGUUUGAGGAGGAUGUAGAAGACGGAGGGGAGAGGUGGAGUAAGCCAUAUGUGGCUACUCUUUCCCUUCACAGUCUGUUUGAGCUGCGGAGCUGCAUCCUCAACGGCACCGUCAUGCUGGACAUGAGGGCCAACUCACUGGAGGAGAUUGCAGAUAUGGUUUUGGACCAGCACGAGAUGUCAGGUUCUUUAGGAGAGGAGGUGAGGAAGAAGAUUCGAAAUGCUCUCCUUAAACAGCACCACCAUCAGAACCAGAAGAAACUGGCUAACCGGAUCCCCAUCGUACGUUCUUUCGCAGAUAUCGGCAGGAAGCAGUCCGAACCACACUCAAUGGAUAAGAAUGGUCAGAUGGUGUCUCCUCAGGCUCAGCCCACCACAACAGAAGGACGUGCGGAUGGCAGUCGUGAGAACAGUGCUGUUGACUUCAGCAAAAUAGACCUCCACUUCAUGAAGAAGAUCCCACCAGGAGCUGAGGCAUCCAACAUCUUGGUGGGUGAAUUGGAGUUUCUAGAAAAACCUGUGGUGGCCUUCAUCCGUUUGUCCCCUGCUGUGCUGCUCAACGGACUGGCAGAGGUCCCCAUUACCACCAGGUUUCUCUUCAUUCUGAUGGGGCCCUUGGGGAAAGGACCUCAGUACCACGAGAUUGGCCGCUCUAUCGCCACGCUCAUGACAGACGAGGUGUUCCAUGAUGUAGCUUAUAAAGCAAAGGAUCGUUCUGACCUUGUGGCAGGAAUUGAUGAGUUUUUGGACCAGGUGACUGUGCUGCCACCAGGCGAGUGGGAUCCCACCAUCAGAAUAGAGCCACCCAAAAGUGUGCCCUCACAGGAGAAACGGAAGGUUCCUCCUCUGGCCAAUGGAGGUGCUGAUCUGGGGGAGGCCGAGGAGCACGGAGGCCACGGAGGACCAGAGCUACAGCGCACAGGGAAGUUUUUUGGUGGUUUUAUUCUGGACAUCAAGCGUAAGGCUCCUCACUACCUGUCAGAUUACACAGAUGCCGUCAGUCUGCAGUGUCUUGCCUCCUUCCUUUUCCUGUACUGCGCCUGCAUGUCUCCCGUUAUCACCUUCGGAGGUCUGCUAGGAGAAGCUACGGAAGGACGCAUAAGUGCAAUAGAGUCUCUGUUUGGAGCCUCUAUGACAGGUAUAGCGUAUUCUUUGUUUGCUGGGCAGCCCCUCACUAUCCUGGGCAGCACAGGACCUGUCUUGGUCUUUGAGAAAAUCCUCUUCAAAUUCUGCAAAGACUAUGGUUUGUCCUACCUCUCCUUGCGUUUGUGUAUCGGUCUGUGGACAGCCUUUUUCUGUCUUCUGCUGGUUGCCACAGAUGCCAGCUCGCUGGUGUGUUACAUCACAAGAUUCACAGAGGAAGCCUUCGCUUCCCUCAUCUGCAUCAUCUUCAUCUACGAGGCUCUGGAGAAACUCGUUCAUCUGGGAGAGACAUACUCUUUCAACAUGCACAACAACCUCAACCAGCUCACUCAGUACUCGUGUGUGUGCACAAUGCCUAAAGAACCCAGCAAUGCCACACUUAAUUACUGGCAGGAAAAAAACAUCACUGAAUCUGAGAUUGACUGGUUAGGCCUAGAUGUAAAGGGCUGUGUGGAGAACAGGGGAGAGUUUGUAGGCAGUGCCUGUGGCCACCAUGGUCCGUACAUCCCUGACGUCCUCUUCUGGUCUAUCAUUCUCUUCUUCUCCACGGUUGCCAUGUCCUCCUUCCUCAAGGAGUUCAAAACUAGCCGUUACUUCCCCACCAAGGUGAGGGCAGUUAUCAGUGAUUUUGCGGUUUUCAUCACCAUCAUGACCAUGGUUCUGAUCGACUAUGCUCUGGGGGUCCCUUCCCCCAAACUGCAGGUUCCUAAUGAGUUCAAACCAACCAGAGAUGACCGUGGCUGGUUCAUCAGCCCAAUAGGUCCAAACCCAUGGUGGACCAUUAUUGUGGCCUUCCUCCCAGCUCUGCUAUGCACCAUCCUCAUCUUCAUGGACCAACAAAUCACUGCUGUUAUUAUUAACAGGAAGGAACACAAGCUGAAGAAAGGCUGUGGGUAUCAUCUGGACCUGUUUGUGGUGGGUGUGAUGCUGGGGGUGUGCUCUGUGAUGGGCCUGCCAUGGUUCGUAGCGGCGACGGUGCUGUCAAUCAGCCACGUGAACAGCCUGAAGCUGGAGUCCGAAUGCUCCGCACCUGGCGAACAGCCCAAGUUCUUGGGCAUCAGAGAGCAGCGCUUCACCGGCCUCAUGAUAUUCGUCCUGAUGGGCAGCUCAGUGUUUAUGACCUCCGUACUGAAGAAUAUCCCGAUGCCUGUGUUAUACGGAGUUUUCCUCUAUAUGGGAGCGUCGUCUCUCAGGGGCAUACAGUUCUUUGAUCGUCUGAGGCUGUUUGGGAUGCCAGCAAAACACCAGCCUGAUUUUAUCUACCUGAGACACGUCCCGCUGAGAAAAGUUCACCUGUUCACCAUCAUCCAGCUCAGCUGCUUGGUGCUUCUCUGGGUCAUCAAAACCUCCAGAGCUGCCAUAGUCUUUCCUAUGAUGGUCUUAGCACUUUUGUUCAUCCGUAAGCUGUUGGAUUUUGUCUUUUGUAAGCGGGAUCUCAGCUGGCUUGAUGACCUCAUGCCUGAGAGCAAGAAGAAAAAAAUGGAAGAUGCACAGCAAGAGGAGAAUCAGUGUGUCUUGAUGGAGGAUGAAGGAAUUGUACAAGCGCCCUUAGAGGGGCAUUGCAAGGAUGAUCCUUCCACAGUCAACAUUUCAGAUGAAAUGACAAAGACGUCUUUUGGAAAUAUCUGGAAAGGCCUCAGCACUGACAGCACCAACAAAGAUCAAAGCUCAAAAAGCUCAACAGUUGAAGUUGCCAUUGGACAUAAAAGCGGUGAUGAAGAGAAGGAGGCAGAUUUGGAUAGAGAGACAAGUUUGUGAGUUCACGUAUUUCAAAACAGUCUGUAUUGUGCCACACUACAAGCACCACUAAAUGCUUCUGUUCUGUAGGUCUGCGUGUGCCAGUCUGUGCUAAGGCACCUUGUUAUAUUUACAUGUUUUUUAUGUGUGUGUGUGUGUGUGGAGAUGUUUGUUUCGAGCAUCUGAAUAUGUCAGAAUUUGCCGCCCACAAGGAGGAUUGUUGGGUUGUGUGCUUGUCCAGUCCAACUGUAGUCAAACUGUAGUUUCACCUAUAGAAAUGAAACAAAGUUAAGGUUACUUUUGUGUUCAACCAGGUAGAGUGUAUUUUGUAUGUUUUAUAUUUUUUUGAAAGUAGAUUCUAUUGAAAUUCCUUGUCUUAUAGCCUGAAUAUGUUUAUUAUAUGAAAUUCAUUCUUUUUUUUAUUAUGCAUAAAUGAUAAAUAUGAAUUUGCAGGCAUAGUUAAAAUAUCAUAAUAGUAAAAAGCAAUUUCUGAAAGAAGAUGCAAAUGUAGUUAUAUCAGCUUCUUCAGUGUCUGUGCGUCAAUAUGUUCUCCACAUUACUUCAUAAGAUACUUGAUGUUAACAUCUACUACUUAUGAGCAGUGACCAACAUUUUUAAAAGAACUUUUAUGAACAGUUUUCUCAUUUUAUGGUAAGAUUUCCCUAAAAACACACACAUGUGAGCCAGGACUGUGCUCAUUUUAGCCUACAACAUUUUCUCCCAAACUUCUUCAUUUGAAACAUCCAUAUUCAUUUAUUCACUUGUUGACCUGGACUUGUUUUUUCUUGUUUUUUAAUGAUUAUUACAAAGCUUUAUCUCAUUUUGUGUAGCACUUAACCAUGCAAAUAAUAGUAAACAUAUAUUUUGUUAAAACGUUGCAAAUAAUAUAACUGUAUAGUGCGGGUUUUCACAAUGUUUCUGAGUGGCAGGGCAUCUGUCUCCUCUACAAGACUCAUUUGCAAGCCGAGAAAAGACCUCAUCACUCAAACGAGCGAAUUAUACUAUUACUGCCGAUAAUACAAAAAUCCUACAAGAAAUGCAAUAAUAUUCCUUUUCGUAAGAGGGGCAUUACACCAUACACUAACCAGAGACAAAUCUAACAUUUAUCAUCAACACACGUACAUGUGAUUCUGUAUUUUGUCUAUGUGUACAAUCUUAAAUAAAGUAAUUUAAUAUGUGGAUAGAUUUAAAUAUGUAUAGACUGUGGGGGUGGGGGGUAUGAAUGUUUUCAUGUUACUGUCAGUGUUAUUACAGUGUUUUGCCAUUUUCCAAGUUGGUUAACAAAACUACAACACGCACAUCUAUGUCAUGCACAUGUCGGCAGCAUUACGUUCUGUUGAUUUCACUGUAAAAUAAUCAUUACUUCCUGAAAACAGUCUCUGUUGUUUAAGUUAUUCAUUCAAAUGAAUAUGUAUCAUUACAACUGUGAGCAAUUUCCAUCCGAAUAAAUGU